AAUGAAGCUGGAAGCUGACUGCAAUGUAGCCACCUCAGGUCCUAAGCCUGAAACCGAGGCUGAGCGAGAUGCGAAGCUACUCUCAGAACACCUGCCACAGGAGGCCAGGACAAAGUCCAAAUCUGGGUCAGGGAUGGAGGCUGAGAAGGACCCUCUGGGGGCCCAAUUCUUGGGGCCAAGCCCAGGCCAGGAUCUGGGCUCGAGACAGACUGAGCAGUUGGACCUCGUGGUGGCCACAGACCAGUUUGAAGAGGUGCUGGCCAUCUCAGGGGGCAUCUACGGUGGCCUUGACUAUCUUCCCAGCUGCUACCACAUCUGGCUCCAGGAUCCCAACCUCACGGUGGUGCUGGCCAAGCACACCAGAGAAGUGGUGAGAACCGAGCAGUGCCCAGGCGAAAAGGGUCCACCGCCAGCCCCCCCCCCACUUGUGCCCCCCACAGGGCACCACUUUGGUCCAAUUCAGCACAUCCGGGCCUCUGGCACUUUGUCACCGCUGCCCACCCAGGCGCUGUCAAAAGCAGGUGGCGAUGUGGCAAGCCUCGCCGGCAUCAACGUCCUGUGCCAGCUCUUCCUGGCACCCCAAUUGUGGUCACAGCUGGCUUAUUUCUGCCAGGUUGGCUUGGGGCUUGAGCUGGUCAAAGGUUACACAGAUCAGUACUUGCUUGGAGGCCACAUUUGAAGCCCCUACUAUCUGAGAAGAUGCCACCCCCUUCCCCAGAUCCCCAGAAAGGCCUGGCCUCAUUUGCAAGCUCCAUCCCCUCCCCUGCCCCCUAUCCUUUCCCACUGCUGGUCCCUCUUUCCUUCCCCCCUUACCUCUCCGUUGCCCACUGCCAGAUCAGAGCCACCCAGUUUGGUGGACCCCCUUGCGCUGCCAUUGUCCACCCUUUCCCCUUCCCGGGCAAAGAACCUGUUCCGCCGUAGGCUUCAGAGCUUUUUACUGUCCUUCCUGGCUUCUCCCUUCCUACAGUACCUCUCCAGGAGCACAGCUGCCUCAAGCCCUCAGAGCUUGGCUGUUCUCCCCUCACUGCCCUGUGCCUUUAGAUCAGUGUCCUCUCCCUUUUCUCUGUACCUCCACCGUCCUGCUCCUUGGGCCUCCCAGACACUUAGCUCCUUUUCCCCAUUAUGUCUUUAUCACCCACCCUGUGUGCAAUAUGGAAAGAGACCCAGUAAAUGAAGUAGAUUUAUAAUGCUCCCCCUAUUUUGGACCCCUGUUUGCCCUCUGGUGAUGCACCUUUUGGAGCUUGCACCUCUGACUGGAGUUUCCUCCAAUUUCGCACUAUGUUGAUAUUUCACAGGCCCCCUCCUAAUGCCCGCAAUCAGUGGCAGAACCAGGGGGUUCAGGCUGGAGAACUUGGUGUAGGGGAGGGCAGGUCCCUCCGCCAGUGUGAGGCCGUCUUCUGAUUCUAACUAGGCUGCCUCCUAGUGAGACUGGAACCCCCACCUCCAGGUAUUUCUGGACACUCCUCCCUUUCUCUCAUUCCUUUACGCUUUUUUGGACUUAGACAGUCCUUCUAUUUAAAUGCAAGCAGUAACAGCUGUGUUUGCACAGCGCUGUCUUCUACACUGCAUCCUCACAUCUACUGUAGAGGGAGGAAACAGACCCAGAACGAUCAAAGUGACUUCCCAGUCACUCGCAGUAGCUGGGAGCCGCCUUGCAGGGACUAGAAGCCAGGUGUCCCAGGCCCAAAGCCUCAUUCUUUGAUGGUGAUAGCUUGAAACUACUUGUUGGACAAUGAACAGCUGCUAAGGACACAUGGACAGUGAGCACAGGAUUCACUGGGAUGGGAUCCAAGACAUGGGCGCCAGGAGGUGGGCGGUGGGCAAAGAGGAGCACCGCGCUUCACACUGUCCCCAUUCUGGCUCUGCCAUGCCCUCCUCUGCCUCCUGUGCCCGACCUGCUGCUACUCUCCCUGUCGCUUCAACCAAGGCUAUGUUGCAAUAAAAACGAUUUGUUAGUCCA